CCGAGCCACAAAUACAAGAUGAAGAUGCUAAUAACGACGACGAGCGGCGUGCCGGGCUGUUGUUCGCCUACGGUUCCCUUGUUGACUACGCGAGGGAACAAGGGGACCAGUUUUCGCAGGGCUACGUUGACGUCUUGGGCGCCAACGCCAAUAUGGUUCGGAAGCACGAGUCAACGCAUGCCCAAAUUCAGCACAGGAUCGAACUGAUGGAAGAGCUUUAUCGGCUCACGAUCGAGCCGUCUGCGGACGUCGGGAUGUAUUUUUUGAAGAAUUCCCCUUCGCAAAGAAGUUUGGAGAAGGAGCACAAGGGGAAGUACUUGCUAGAUUCGAUGAAGACGCUUUGGCGCGAAAGUGAGAGGCAGAUGCUGCCGGGGCCUUACGAGCCGGAGGAGGAGAUUUCGCCUGGGCCUGCUGGCGGGGGGGACAACAUGCCCCGCAUUAACUUCGCUUACAAACAGGAUGUAGAACGGUACAGCGAACAUUUGGCGCCUGUACUCUUCCGGCCUGAGUACGACUUCAUGUUGAGCUACACGCAAAACAAAAGAGACCCUGACUUGACGCGGGACGAAAAUCGAGAUCUCGCUUUUCUUACGCGGAAGGACGACGAACAUGUUGAAGCAAUGCGGGAGCGCGCAGACAGGCCGAACUUGUACGCCGGAGAAGAGGACUUUGAUGAGGAACAAGACGAUCCCGAUAAACCGACAAGCUUUUACGAGUUGACUACAGACUGGCUGUUCGACCCGUCGGAAAAGAGCUUGGGCAUUUUUUUGCACAAGUACGGUUGUGCGAUCCGCGUCCAGCGAAUGUUGCGUCCGUCGUGGACAGAGGCGGAGCGAGAGAAACACGUCCAGGCUUUUGCGUCAAAACUGCGCGAGUCCUAUCCAGCGAACACUCCUCCUCCUGAUGCCAUUUCUAUCACCAUGAGCGAAGACGGCAAGAAGAACGCAGAAGAUCCGAUCAGCCGGUACCGGAAGGACGCGAAGCAGCUUUUUGACGAACACAACGAAGACGCCAGCAGAGACGAGAUCAUCGCAUAUUUAGGGGACCGCUUCAAGUCCCUUUUGUGCACUGUGGUUGGUGAGGCUGGAUGCGCGGCUUGGGCUCAGGACUACCUCACAGGGCUGGAGAGUCGCGAGAAACUGCGCGAUUGGUUGCUGAGCGCCUUCCUCCCAGAGCCACGAAGACUACGGACAGCCGCUCGUCCACCAGGAAGCUCCUUCCAUGGCUUUCUGCGCGGUGGAAAACGUGACCAAAUGCGUGAUGAAAUGAAUCAAUGGCUCAGCGACGCACCUGCAUCAAUGUUUCCAUCUUCGCGUACUGGAAGCAGGGGAAGCAGGCAGGUGCCCCCCGGUCGAGGACUCACAUUUUUAACCGCCCUGCGUCAGCUAGAUGUACUCCACAACGCUCAGUCGCGCAAUGAUAUAUCACGCGCAAAUAUGUCUGGAUCUGGAAGGAUGCAGCUUGUGACGCGGGCCUGUGGACUCGAAAAAAAGUCUAUAUCGCAUGAGAAGCAAGAGGAAUCCAGUUUUUGUUACGCGGAGAGGGUAUUUGUCAUGCAAUAUAGGCAGCAAGACGCCAUCAAACAAUCUGUGAUGCUGGGGCGUCCAUCACAGGCAUCAGCUGUCAUGAAAAAUGCGGAUGACAAUCCUUGCAUCCUUGUUCUAGACCCAGACAUGUUUGCAUUGGAUAUACGAGGACGGCCGACGAACUCCGCGGGGAGCUGGAGGUGAGGACGAACGUGAAUGCUUGGCAAGUAUCCUGCAGAAAAAGACAAGCAAAGCCUAUUUGUCACGCAAAAAUCAACACACACAAAGAAUCUGUAUUGUGUACCAUAAACAGAACGCCAUACCGGUCUUUUCGAUUAGGUUAUUUUCGCAUUAAAGCUAUGCCGUGCCUGUCUUUUUCUAUGGGAUAGAAAAAGUCACACUUUUACCUGGAGGAGCGAUUUGUCCCCGGAACGGCUGAGUGGGAACAAGAGGAGAAGACCAAACUUCCUAGCAUCGUCGACGCCAUGUUCCAAGAAGUCGAAAAGCGCAAGAACUUCGUACAGUUCGUCAUGGCCUCCCGAAGCCAUAUGGGACUAGACAACAAAUUUUUGCAGGUGCCCGCUCCUCGACAGGAUGAAAAGGACAUUCGCCACGGGGCCGCGCGCUACUUUGUCCGGGUAUUGCUUCUGCCGCUCCUCGAACAGGUUCUGCAAGAACGGCUGUUUCGACUUGAGCUGCGGAAGAAGAUUCUGUUCGAGACGGCCCUGCAGGUGCUGCUCAAUGGCACCAAGAGAGCGGUGAAAACGAAAAAGCUCAAGAACCUCUGAGCCCUUGGCGAUCCAGACGAGCAUCGUUAGCGACUCCAAAAGGCGCGCGGAUGCAAGUUUUCAGGUGAUCACACACCAGCUAUCAACAAAAGUUUAUCGCCCUCUUUUCUACACGUGUAUAAUGAUAGUUCUGUAACAACAACAAGCGGAAUCAGUAGAAAUGCAUUGGCGCUGAUCAUAGUUCUUCCUCUGCCGGAAAGUUUGAAAUGCAGUACCAGUACUACAACUUACUUCUUUUAUAUUAUGUUAUGCGCAGUAGAUUUCCGCGCCGUUGUGCCUACACAGUGGCGCGAGCCCCAAACAGUUCUUCUUGUGCCGGAAACUUUGCUAUUUCCGAAUCAAUUAUAGCUGCGCGACAAAAAGGCGUGUUAGUUAUGAUGUCGGUCGGAAUGCUCCAUUUGUAUGAGGAGUCAGUGAUCGUGUUUAGCAGUAUCUGCAAAGUGUUUCGGAUCCGGGAAUCAGAGCACUCAGCUAUGUAAAAUGUAAUGUAGAAGAAUGCGCAGCAUGAGCAUCAUUAUCGAAGCGAACGCUCGUUACCUAC